AUGGACAUCUUUAUUUCCCUCCUCCUCCUACUCCUCUUGUAUUUCAACCUCAUCUCCUCUUGCACUGCCACACAAGUCCGCCACGUCAACCAAUCCGAGUUUCUCCCCAAGCGCACCUACUCGGAGCACUUCAAGCUCAUCGACUCGGUCCGCAACUGCACCGACGCCGUGUGGUCCCUUGAGGCCCUCAACACCACCGCCUCCGUCUCCGUCGGAGACUGCCACAAGGUCCUCCAGAACGUCCGCCACAACCACGGCUACUACGAGGUCUGGGGUUUUGAUAAUGACGACUUCGCGCCAAUCACAGGAUUCCAGAGCUGCGUGUUUGCGGUGGCGCAGACGGGGCCGGAUGGUUCCGCUGGGCCUCAAGGUUAUGCUGUAGUCGGUAAUGAUGAUGUUGUCUCCGUGGUCGUGGAGGCCAUCGGCACUUCCAAAGACAACAUCACCGGUGCGGCGGGUUCCUUUACCUGCGGGACCAACCAGGUCGUCUUGUCUGUCAUUGUCUAUAAUGGGCUGAAUGGGUAUGACGGAACCCCGUCUGCGCCGUCCAUUAACCUCUGGGGGGAUAUCCAUUAUACCACAAGAGAGACUGCGACGGCCCCGACGGUGACGAGCGUGCCUACUGAGAUACCGACAUCCACUGCAGGUGGCUAG